UGUCUAUAUAUACAUACGAUUAUACGAAAUCGAGAUUGAGAUUGAGAAAUCGAAGAUUGAACUAUAAAAAACAUAGUAAACUGAAGAAGAAGCCGUAAAUGGAAGAGCAAAGCGAGAGAAAAUUCCCAGCCUUCCCAUUCAAACCCUACUCGAUUCAGAUCGAUUUCAUGAACGCCCUCUAUCAAUCUCUCGACCGAGGCGGCAUUUCCAUGCUCGAAAGCCCCACCGGGACAGGGAAGACACUGAGUAUCAUAUGCAGCGCAUUACAAUGGCUCGUUGAUAGGAAGGAGAAACAGAUUUCUGAAAACACAGCUGAUUCCAGUAAUAAUCCAUCGGGUUCAGACGAUGAACCUGAUUGGAUGAAAAACUUUGUAGCAAGUAAAGAAACUCCAAUAGAGGAAAAGAAGGACAUAAAGAAUAAACUAGGGCAUAGGUCAAUGAGAUUUACUAAGAAUAGGAAUAAGAAACAUUUUGGAGAGAUGUUCAAUCACAUAGGGGAGGGUGAGGAGAAGGAUAAGAAGAAUGGGAAGGGGAAAAGCGACGGGGAGGAGUUGAAUGAUGAGGAGUUUUUGGUGGAAGAAUACGAAAGUGAAGAGGAAGGCGGCGUUGGCUGUGGACAAUCGAAGAGGAAAGGUGGUGGAGUUUACUUAAGUUCCUCUGAUGAAGAGAAAGAUGAUGGUUUUGAUGAUGAAGAUGAGGAAGAGGCGGCGUUGAAGAUUUAUUUCUGCAGUAGGACGCAUUCGCAGCUUUCUCAGUUUGUAAAGGAGUUGAGAAAGACUGUGUUUGCUAGUCAGUUGAAGGUUGUAUGCUUGGGCUCUAGAAAGAGUUUAUGCAUCCAUGAAGAGGUUUUGAAGCUUGGGAACGCAGGUCGCAUUAAUGAGCGGUGCUUGGAGCUUCAAAAGAUUAAGAAAGAUGAUGUUUCAAAAAUGAAGAAUUUAGGUGCUGGAGGAAGAAUCCGCCGGACUAAGGCUUCUUGUAGAUGUCCAAUGCUUCAGAAACAUAAACUACAAAAACAGUUUAGGAGAGAGAUCUAUGAGGAGAAUUCGUUGGAUAUUGAAGACCUUGUUCAGCUAGGAAGGAGGAUAGGAACUUGUCCUUAUUAUGGCUCCCGAAGCAUGGUCCCUCCAGCUGAUCUUGUGGUUCUUCCCUAUCAAUCUCUUCUUUCCAAAUCAUCACGUGAAUCGCUUGGUUUAAAGCUCAAGAAAAAUAUUGUCAUAAUAGAUGAAGCUCACAAUCUAGCCGACUCUCUCAUCAGCAUGUAUGACUCCAAAAUUACUUUGUCACAGUUGGAGCGUGUGCAUUCCCAAAUAGGAAAGUACUUUGAACGAUUCCGCAACUUGUUAGGGCCCUGCAAUCGUAGAUAUAUUCAAACUCUAAUGGUCCUCACUCGGGCUUUUCUCCAAUUUCUACAUCUUGAGAACAGUGAGGGAGAUGCGAAUACUUGCUGUGAAGGUGUUUCUGGAGCAAAAAAUGCCAAUGAUGGUUCUAUGGCCAUUAAUGAAUUCCUAUUCUCUCUCAAUAUUGACAACAUAAACUUGGUUAAAUUGUUGCGAUAUAUCAAAGAAAGCAAUAUCGUUCACAAGGUCAGUGGCUAUGGUGAUAAAACGGCUUGCUUGUAUAAUGGCUCAACACUCAAAGAUGGAGAUGAAAGCUGUGACGAAGGAAGCAGCUUGUCCGCUUUUCAAGCAUUAGCUGAUAUGUUGCUAUCUUUGACAAAUAAUGAUGGUGACGGUAGAAUAAUCAUUUCGAGAAGAUCGAAUGGCUCUGGGCAGGAGGGAGGAUACCUUAAAUACGUGAUGCUCACAGGGGAAAAACUAUUUUCUGAGAUUCUUGAUAAAGCACAUGCCGUUGUUUUGGCGGGGGGAACUCUACAACCUAUUGAGGAGACAAGGGAGCGACUCUUUCCACAGUUAACACCAGAUUUGUUGCAUUUCUUUUCAUGCAGCCAUAUAGUCCCUCCAGAGAGUAUUUUGCCAGUUGCUGUUUCCCGUGGCCCCUCUGGCCGGUCCUUUGAUUUUAGCUACAGUUCCAGAAGUUCUCCAGAAGUGGUAGAGGAGCUAGGUCUUCUACUUAGCAAUUUGGUGACUACAGUUCCUGAAGGAAUUAUCGUUUUCUUCUCUUCGUUUGACUAUGAAGGACAAGUCUAUGAUGCAUGGAAGGCUUCAGGCAUCCUUUCAAGGAUUUCAAAGAAAAAGCAUGUAUUCAGGGAGCCUAGACGGAACACAGAUGUUGAAGUUGUGCUGAAGGAAUACAAGAAUACAAUUGAUGCAUUAUCUAAUGGGGAUCUAAAAGCAGAUCCAACACUUCACAUCAAUGGUGCAAUUCUACUAGCUGUUGUGGGUGGGAAGAUUUCAGAAGGUAUAAACUUCAGUGAUGGGAUGGGUCGAUGCAUAGUUAUGGUUGGACUUCCAUACCCUAGCCCUUCUGACAUUGAGUUGAUUGAGAGGGUGAAACAUAUUGAGGGUCUCGGGGAGACAAAUUCUAAUAAAGCCUCCCAAUUUGAUGAACAUUACAAUGGUGAUGUGAAAGCUGGAUUUGGCAUCUUAAGAAGUUGCAAGCGCAGAGGAAAAGAUUAUUACGAAAAUCUUUGCAUGAAAGCUGUAAAUCAAUCAAUAGGUAGAGCAAUUAGACACAUAAAUGAUUACGCGGCAAUCUUGUUGGUUGAUGCACGGUAUGAAGCUGAUUCAACAAAAGGAAGUUUCUCCCACCCCUCAAACAAGCUUCCCCAGUGGAUCAAAGCACGUCUUGUUUCUAAGACUGACAACUAUGGAGAAGUCCAUAGGCUUCUGCAUCAGUUCUUCAAAUUCAACAAAAAGAGAGGGAUCCAGUAGCCACUAGCAAGUUUUCAGUCUUAGAAACAAGAAGUGAACAGAUAGCAAGUUAUUGUCGAACAGAUAACAAGACGUGACAACUACGGACAAGUCCAUAGGAUUCUGCAUCAAUUCUUCACAUUCAACAAAAAGAGAGGGAUCCAGUGGCCUCUAGGAAAUUUUGCUGGAGAAGUUGCUUCGACUGUUGAACAGCUAAUCCACUUGAACAAUAUGCUGUUGUCGGCUAUCCAUUAGAAAUUCUUUGAUGUAGGAUUAGAGCAGUUCUAAGGUGGAAUUGGCGAGAGAGAAUUGCAUGGUGGUGAGGCAACUGUGUCAUUUUGUAAAGUUUUAAUAGUAUAUUUAUGAGGAACGAACUGAUACUCCUGAAUAAUGUGGAUACAUAUUUUACACAACAGGCCCAUAUUUGAUCAA